AUCUGAUCAUCAGCAGGGCUGAAGAUUGCCUGAUGAGUAAUGAACAUCAACAAACGCCAAUUGUGCUGCAUUUGAUAACGAGAAGUGGCUGUCAGCUCUCUUUUUCGGGUCGUAACAAAAGUGUAACGCAUUGAUUGCGUUCUUACAAUACAACGAUGACCAAUGCUGUGUUUUAUGUUGAUCUCUCCGCCUAUAAAUACCUCUGAAUGACUCCCUUUUCAUUAUCUCUCUUUCCAGCAUUAUUUUCUCGCAGAGAAACAAUCAUGAAACUAGCAACACUUGUCAUUCUUUGCGGUCUAAGUCAAAUUCUUUUGUGUUGGACUCUCGUAGAAGCACUUGAUGGGAAUCAGGUCAACUUCAUCGCAGCAGAUGUCCUCUUUCGCCGUGAUGGUUUGCCCUUGAACUCGCAAUCAUCCUCUAAGCGUAAAACUGUUGGAGAGCCUUCCAGACCUAUCCGCUUAGGAGUUCAUGAAGUCACGAAUCAGCCUCCAAUCCAAGAGCGCCAUUCUGAUUCUCCUACCCGUCGAUCAACUCGGUCUGACGCUUCUUCGAGCGGUACUUCAAUUUCUGCUGCCACUCCUUCUUCUUCUUCAUCUUCAGGAUCUAGUUGGAGUGAAUUGCGUCAUCAAAAAUCAUGGACAAGCUCAAGUGAUAGUGAUUCAAGUACUGGAAGCAUGAAAAGUACAAAGAGCAGCAAGCGAACUUCUCGCUCUGGUGCUACUAGCAGUCCUAGACCACUAAGUAGGAAAAGUAGUUCGAAAUCUUUAGGUGCUCUUGCCAUUGAUGGUCAUUCGUCAGAUUCUUCAGGAGAUUCAGCAGAGUAUAACUCAAUGCUUCAUAAAGCAAGAAAGUUGGGUUUCACCACUAUACGUACAGAUGAUUCCUUGACUUCAUGGUCGCGGAUGAAGGCACUAAGUCGGUACGGCCGAACUCUAUCACGCUCACCUGGUCAUCGUGCACGUUCUCCUACCCGUUCUCCCUCUCCUGCUUCUCAGUCACGUCAUUCUGCUCCUCGUUCGAAUUCUGAUUCCGAGACUUCUUCGCAUAGUUCUAGAGCUAAAAAAAUUGUGACAAUAUAUAAAUACACUGUGAGAAUGAAUGAAAGAAAGGAGAAAAAAAAGUACAUACAGUGAUUAGAAAGAGGGUAAUACAAUUAAACGCUUUUCAUUCUUGCACGUUAACAUGCAAACCAACAAAUUAAUCUCAUUCGUACGGCCUGCUUUGUACGAAACCGUGAGGUGUGACAAAUCUUGCAUUUUCUGGAGGUUGCAAAUUUGUUUGAUACUUUGACAUU